AUGCGACAACAGAAAGAGUUCUUUAAAAGGCAAGAAGUAAAAGAAAAAAGAGAAACAAGUUCAGUGAAACUACCAAAGUUAGACAUGUGUUCUUUCAAUGGAAACAAAUUAAAAUGGUCUGAGUUUUGGGAUACCUUCGAGUGCACUGUAUACAGAAAUCGAAACCUGUCUAACAUAGAAAAGUUCAGCUACUUGUUAAACAAGUUAUUUGGGGAAGCUAAAGGUGCCAUUUCUGGAUUAGCUUUAUCGCACGAAAAUUAUGAAGUAGCUGUCGACAUUCUCAAGGAAAGAUUCGGUAACAAACAGGAAGUAGUCGACCAACAUUAUAAAGAGUUCAUGAAUAUUCCUUCAGCCAGUAACAAAGUUUACAGCCUCCGUGCGUUUUUAGAUGCAACAGAAAGGCACUUGCGAAGCCUUGAGGUGCUCGAGGAAAAUAUUAACCAACACGUGUUCGUUUCGAUGAUACGUUCAACGUUACCUGAAGACAUUUUGCGACAGCUAGAAUUUAACAAGGGAACUAAAACAGAAUGGAUAUUGUACGCACUUAGACAUCAGAUACGAGAAUAUGUGACCGCAUGUGAAAAGGCAGAAAAGAAAUCUGAUGAAUAUAAAGAAGGAGCAAAGAAUAGAAACGUGCCAGACAAAAAAAUGUCAAGUUCUGCUUCUAGAUUUAAACAGCAGAACCAUUAUCAACAGCGAAACCCAUCGUUUCAAAGCCGAAUUCCCAUAUCGAGACUAUCUAGUUCAACGGAGUAUCUUAUGGCAAGUACAAAAAUAAGUUUUAAUCCAUCAAUUACUCAGACAAGUGGGAUGAGUGUCAGAAGAACAAGACGAUAG